AUGCUCCUGCUGAAGAAUGGUGCCGGAGUUUUCCAGGGGAAUAAACUAGGUCUCACACCAGUGAACAGUACUGCAGCUAAGGACAAUUACAAGGCUCUUCAGGUAGCCUUGUUACUUCCUUCUCAAGUGCUUAAUAAUACCACUGUGGCUAAUUGGCAUUAUUGUGUUUCUUUGCUCUGCAAGUCACUUCUGCUUCAUGAACAAGAUUGCGUUGAUAUACCUUCCAAGACCAAAGAAACCCCAUUAUUCCUUGCAGUGACAAAUGGUUCUUUGAACUGUGUACGACUUCAUUUGCGCUAUGGGGCUAACCCCAAAACCCAGAACCUAUGGUGA